AUGGACGAAAUACCCGACGAACUUGUCGAACUCAUCGCGCAUUCUUCCACGCCACACGAUACCGCCUGUCUGUGUCUUGCCAACAAGCGUCUCGCCACUAUCUGCCGCCGUUCCUUGUACCACACCAUCGAAAUCGACAUCUCAGACGCCGCGCGGACUGUUUCGCUCAUGACUACACUCGCUGAGGCGCCUCGAUGCGUAAGACUUGUGCGGCGACUCGACAUUACUAGUAUCAAAUCUGUGGAUCCAAAUGCGCUUGGAAAAAAUGACUCCUUUGGCACUGCAGAGACAUCGCCGAACUUGAAGGAGACAUUCAAGUUGCCAUUGUCAUGGUUGUUUCCUCCAUCAUGUUCCCUCGUCUCCGAUCUUGCACCAUUCCGUACUCCCCCGCAAUUCACUCUGCAAUUCCUCGAACGUCACCAGGCAACGCUCCAGGCGCUCGCCAUCUCCGACACUGUUGGAACACACAUUCUGCUUGCGUAUAACGCCGAAGAGAACUCGAAGAUACCACAGCUCACCUUCCCCUGUCUCACGCGCUUUGCUGGGCCAUCGGCACUAGCUGAAAACUGGCUACUGCAUUCGCCCAUCGAGCAUCUGGUGAUCCCCUGCUUCGCUGUGCCAGAUGGCAUGGUGAGAGAUGUUCUGCAUGUCAUCAACGCCGCCAACCUCACAUCAUGCGCCUUCUUCGUGGACGGGUGGGACGCGGCCAGUGCGCCAUUUGCCGCUCUUGCUGCCCAUGCGCCAGGCAUCAAUAUGCUCACUGUGUUUACCAAUGGAGAUGGUGGUGUGGAGGCGUACGAGGCCUUCCUGCUGUCGAUCGACCCCUUCCUUGCGCAACUGACCAGCUUGUCGACGCUGCAGCUGCCAAGCUCGGGCCGUCACGCUGUGGAGACGAACCAACUUGCGGACUCGGAGGGCACUACUUCAGAGAUCACGCAUCUCCGCCGCUGGGCAAAGUGCUGCCCGACUCUGAUCUACGUCAGGCUCAGUAAAUACUGGAGUUGGGCGGCACACAUGGGCACAUGGCUCAACCCGGACAAAAUUGAUGGGACGUGGCGGAUUGGUACGGACUCGGAGGUCGGCAAGCACAAGUCCAACUCGGAGUCUGACGACGAGAGAGAUGUUGCUGGUGACGCCACGUGGCACAAGCGCUUGCAAGAAGUAGAGGCAGUGAUGGGUCACACUUUAUCUCUCGUUUCAUGCACCCUUCUAUGA